AGAUAAUGGCCUAUUAGCUUCACAAUCUCUUCGUACGGCCCCGCAGGAGACUUAGCAGCGUAAUGUGCUUGUUAUUGACUUCGAAAACAAAAUGCAUCCACAGGAUCGAACUCAACUGUGAAACGCCCAUUUAAAAACAGUCUCCCAGCUGACUUUCUCAGUAGACACAUUUGCCACGUCUUCACCGCCCUUGCCGGCCUUUUAUCAAUCACUUCACCUCUGUAAAUCGGGACUUUACUUAUUCAGGCCUCUGGGUGUGCUAUUCAUUCACCAUUGUGAUAUCUUGGAGUAUUUCAUCAUGGAGAAACAACUAGAGGAGGAGAAAAAGAAGACGUACAAAGGAAUCCGAAAGAGGAGCUGGGGAAAAUGGGUGUCGGAAAUUCGGGAGCCCAAAAAGAGGUCGAGGAUUUGGCUGGGCUCAUAUUACACACCAGAAGCAGCCGCUCGAGCCUACGAUACAGCGCUCAUUUGCUUGCGUGGUCCCACUGCGCGCCUUAAUUUUCCGGACUCGCUUAAUAAUAUUUCAAAUGUGGGUCUCGCGCUCUCGCCCAAAUCCGUUCAAAAGGCCGCACUCGCUGCAGGCUCUGCCCACGACGUCGACCCUGCCAAAAAAAAUCCUUCCUCGUCACGACGUCCUGAGGUCGAAUCCCAGCCAGGCCUACAACCCUCUGGUUCUUCGAAUUCAGUUGUGAAAACAGAAGGCGCUCAAGCUGCUGAAUUGGUGCCCGAAACCGAGUCUAAAAGUGCCAAUUUUGUGCAUAACGAAUGGGCGCGUUUUUCUUCUCAUGAUACCAACAUACAGAGUGAUAUUUUUCAGAAAUCUGUUGGUUUAUCAACUGGAAAUUAUGGCGCGCAUGAUGAAGAUGAGGAGCAUGUCUUUGGUCUGCUUGGAGGCGAUCUGUGGAGCUAAAUUUGUUACUGUUCACUGCUAAUUUACUCUGAUACGUUUUUACCUUUGAUAUUUUCAUAUUGGGCAUUGUUUCUGAUUGAAUAAAAAGAUUUCUCCUGUUGUUUCUGAUCUAUA